UUGAUAUAAAUUUAUUUCAGAUCUUAUCAUUUUAACAGCUUUUUUCAGAAUUUCGUAGUAUUUGGUAUGCUGCCAUUUUGCUUUAGUGACAGCAUAAACUUGAGCUGGCAAAGACUCCAUAAUUUAUCUCUAGGGAUGCACCAGUGUAUCGGCUGCCGAUAUUUAUCGGUUAAUUAUGGACCAAAUUAAAAUCAUAGGCAUAUUGGUUAUUAGUUUGAAAAUGCAGAUAUGAAAAAAAUUAUUGUUUAAUUUAUGAUUAAUUAGUAACACGCUUUGUAAAACCUCUGAAUUAAAAUGAAAAAUUCAGAAAUAAUAAUAGCUACAAUAUGUAGAGUGGUUGGCACUCUUAAGAACAUGUAAUAUUUAAAUAUUUUUUUCCUUCUAGUUUUCACGUUUAUAUGGAAAAACCGGCAUUAACAGACAUAACAGUUGUAAAAGUAGCACUUACCUAUAAGGUACAUGAAAAAUUUGAAACCAGCAGACUUUGACAUGAGAUAUCGAUAUAUCCAUUAAUGCUGCAAAUUGCAAUAUGGCCUUGCGCGAUUACUAAUCCUUAAAAGGCUGCAUUUUAAAAUAUAGUCCGCAUUCAGUCAGCACAAGUACAAAAUAAAAAUUUUGUAUCAACCAUCAUGUUAUAUUUAGUUAUUUUUUAUAUCUUUUUAUCUUCUAUUAUCUUUCAUUUCAGUAUUUUAGUGACCUAGUAAUAGUGAAGAAUCCUAAAUAUAUUGUAUUUUACAUCAUAACAUAACAUAACAAAUCCUAAACCUUUGUCUACUUUUUUUAUCUCCUUUUCUCCCCAAUUUGGAAUGCCCAAUUCCCACUACUUAGUAGGUACUCGUGGUGGCGCGGUUACUCACCUCAGUUUGGGUGGCGGAGGACAAGUUUCAAUUGCCUCCGCUUCUGAGACCAUCAAUCCACGCAUCUUAUCACGUGGCUCUUUGUGCAUGACACCAUGGAGACUACGCAUGUGGAGGCUCACGCUACUCUCCGAGAUCAUCGCACAACUUACCACGAGCCCCAUUGAGAGCGAAAACUACUAAUUGCAACCACAAGGAGGUUACCCCAGGUGACUUUACCGCUCCCUAGCAACUGGGCCAAUUUGGUUGCACGGGAGCCUUGGCUGGAGUCACUCAGCACACCAUGUAUUCGAUCUCAUGACUCCAGGGGUGGUAGUCAGCGUCAAUACUCGAUAUGGGGUUCAGACCUCCUCUUCCUCUGUCCUCCUGCUAACUGGCUAUGCCAACAAAAACAGCACCUAAAGAAGGGCUUCAAGACUAGACAUUUUGUUGUGGAAUUUUGGCUCAGGUUUUUCAGCUAGACCAAGCAUCUACUCAGCCCCAGGGAUCAUGGCCAAAGAUGCUGGUCUGAUUGAGGCCAAUGGGGAGCUGAAGGUUUUCAUUGAUCAGAACUUGAGCCCUGGCAAAGGUGUGUUGUCUUUAGUAACGGUGCAUCCACAGUCAGUGGCAGUCGGAAAACAGCUGUUGCCAAAAACACUGGGCCAUUCCAACGUGAACAUAGCACCACAUAUGCUCAUAAGCACACCUCAGAGGCCCAGUGGCUCCAAUGUGAUCCUAAUGAACAGCCCGCACACACCCAGCUCUCAGUUUAUCACCCCGAGUCAACCAUCAGAAGCCUCACCAUGGUCCUCAGGAAAGAGGUGUAAGAAGGGGGAAAAGAACGGGAAAGGCCUCAGGCAUUUUUCCAUGAAGGUUUGUGAGAAGGUCCAGCGGAAGGGCGUCACAACCUACAAUGAGGUUGCAGAUGAACUUGUAGCUGAGUUCAGCUCUGGUGAUAAUCUCAUAUCCCCUAAUGAUGCGCAUGUGUAUGACCAGAAGAACAUUCGACGGCGUGUGUACGAUGCACUCAAUGUGCUGAUGGCCAUGAACAUCAUCUCCAAAGAGAAAAAGGAGAUCAAAUGGAUUGGCCUGCCCACCAAUUCUGCUCAGGAGUGCCAGAACCUAGAGGUGGAGAGGCAAAGACGUUUGGAGAGAAUCAGACAAAAACAGUCACAACUCCAAGAACUAAUUUUACAGCAAAUUGCCUUUAAGAACCUUGUACAGAGGAACCGCCAGAGAGAACAACAGAAUAAAAGGCCUCCACCUGCCAAUUCAGUAAUUCAUUUGCCAUUUAUCAUCGUCAACACCAGCAAGAAAACAGUAAUUGACUGCAGCAUCUCUAAUGACAAGUUUGAGUACCUCUUCAACUUUGACUGUAUGUUUGAGAUUCACGAUGACAUUGAGGUAUUGAAGCGCAUGGGCAUGGCCUGUGGGCUGGAAGUGGGCAAAUGCUCUGCUGAGGACCUGAAGACUGCCAGGAGCUUGGUGCCCAAAGCACUGGAGCCCUAUGUCACAGAGAUGGCACAGGGGCCUAUCAGUAAUGUCUACAUGACAGAGGCGCCAUCUGCUAAUGGAGGUCGCUAUCAUAUUGGGAGCGACGGUGGGGCUGAUGGCACAAUGGCCUCUAGUUCUAAUGACUCUCACUACAGUGGCUCUCGGGUCGAGACUCCUGUCUCCUACAUGGGUGAGGAUGAUGAUGAUGACGAUGAUGAAUUUGAUGAAAAUGAUGACGAAGACUAAGCCUGUUCAUUGUGCACAAGUUCUUCCAGCUGCCAUGUCAAGGAGGAUUGAUCAACCACACUUCCUUUUACUCUUCUGCAACGCCGUUUAUUUCGCUCUCUAUCUGAGAAGGGCAUUGAAGAACACAGGCUUUAAUUGGAUGAGUUUUUUUCAUCCUGGUCUUUCAGAGCUCAGGACAAGCACAUCAUUAGUUGUGUGCUUUUUCUGCUGGGAAUUAUAGUUUUCAACUGAAGAACUUUGCUGAAGUUUAGAGUCGUCACCCUGUGUCAGCACUCCAGCUGGAUAUUAUCUGCUCUGAAACUUUCCCUCCUGAAGAAAACCCCUCUUGCAUACAGCUGUGUGCUGUUGGAAAAUGUUGUGUGAUCUCUGUGUGAAAUAGUUCUCUUUGUUUGAAUGAUCCGUUUGUUUUUGAACGUGCUGGCUUGAAUGCAUUCUGAUUAUUCAAAUCAAAGAACCUACAAAGCCGGCUGCUAUUUUUUUGCCCCAUACAGGGCAGGUCUGUGGAUGUGUGGACUCUUUUCGUAUGCUGACCUGAUGAUUUCUUGUAGGUUUUUUUGUAGAAUCUCCUCCCAUGUGUGUUUGGUUCCUUGGCGUUCUGCAGAGGGUUGCUUUUUGGAGGACUCUUGAGAAGUCGGUCAGUUUUGUUUGUUUGUUCUCUUUUGGCUUUGGAGCUUCAUAGGCCAUCCUGUCCUAGAAAAACCAGAGGACUUAGAAAUCUUCAGUACCAUAAAGCAGUUAUAGGAAAAAUAAAUGCUUUUGUUUCUUAAUCACAUGAUAUCAAAUGUUCUGAGAUUGGUUUCUUGUGUCCUCUCCAUGUCAGUUAUACCUUGGAGUGUGUAAGAAUGUGGUGUAUUAAAAAGAAAUAGGCUUUAGGUUUUUCUGGACUACCCUUUUAAAUUUUCCAUAACUGAAUCCUUGUACUGACUCCUCAAAGUAUCUUUUCUGUAAUCUAAUAUAAGUUUCAAAUUUAAAUAUAUAGAAUGUUUUAAGAACUCAAUGUGUUUAUUUGCGACACUAAUGUAA